AUGUUAAAUAACAAAGAAUCGUGGGAAAAAUUUGGUCAAUUAGCUAUAUCGUUUGGGGGAUAUUUAAUUUCAGAACAAUUCUAUUACAAAUUAGAUAAUUUAGAUAGUUUUAGAGAGUUCUUUGAAUAUUGCAAAUCAUUAGAAUCUAUGGAAAGGGGACAGGCCCUUAAAAUAUAUUGCGCAAAAAUUUUAAAAUACUUAAAAUCUAACUCAGAACAUAUAGACAAACAAGACACCUAUAAUGUGUGCGAACUUUUAAAUUAUUGGUUAGCCACUAGAUUAAGUGCAAUUGUGGGUUAUAUGAAUCAUACAUACGUGAUAAAUGUAUUUUUAGAGAUAAGUUAUAUAUGGAAUGAUUUUAUUAUGAAUAAUUUUAAUAAUAAUCAUCAUAAAAUAUGUAACCCUAAAGUAGAUAUGAUUUCACUUUCUGAUUGGAGGAAGAGGAAGGAAGUAUAUGAUUACUUUGUUGAUUAUGCUUACCUUUCGGGUAUGUCUAGAAUAUUGGUAAAUCCCAGUGAUUAUUGUACACAUAUUAGAAAUAAAAUUUCCAUAUAUAAUUAUUUUAACGAUAAAUGUGCUUCGGACCAAACAGGCUUUUGCGAUGAAUUUAAAACUAAAUAUAAAGCUUGUUCUCCAUAUGACCUUUUACUUAGAUUUAAAUGUUCUGAAGAAGUAGAAAAAAAUAAGUCAUCAGGGGAAAUUGAAGAAAGAGAAUUACAUAAGCGUGCAUCAUUGGGAAAAGAAAAGUCUGAACAAGAAAGGCAGUCUCCUCGUUUCUCUAUAGAAGGAAAACAAACAGUUAAGAUUUUGCAGUCAUCAUAUAAUAGUUUUAUCCCUUUGAAAAAGGUAUGUGGCUUAAUUCUGGGAAUCGUUGCUAUAUCUAUGAUUUAUGGAUUUUUACAUAAAUUUACACAAUUAGGAAGUUGGAUUCGUAAUAAAAUUGCUAACAAAAAAAAUAAUAGAAGUAAUAUAAAUUUUGAGUUUAAUGAAGAAUUUGAUUAUGAACAAGGAUUAGAUAAUACUAAUUAUAACAUUAGAAAUGAACAUUAUAUAGGAUUUCACACGGACUAA